AUGAAUCGUGUUCUUGAUAAUGGGCCGUGGACAUUCAGCAAUCACCUUCUCCUUCUGAAACAUCUAAAAGAAGACGAAAACCCUACAAAAGUUGACAUUUUCGAAACAAGCUUAUGGGUACAAGUUCAUGACGUUCCUGCCGGUUUUCGUUCGGAACGAGUUCUAAUUCAGCUUUAUGAAACCAAAGGGGAAGAUAUUGAACGGCCAUAUGGACCUUCUCUCCGAGCUUUGCUUCGGAAUAACCUUGGUCUGGCCGGUGAAAGGUGGCUCCGGGGAUUAUCGCUGGAGGAUCCAAAAUCUAAUUCUAGAAAGGGAGAAAAUCACGAUAUGCAGGAGGAGAAUCCCAUGAAAGGUGGCGAAAAUCUCUCGGCUAUUAAAGGAAAAUGA